AUGUGGCUGGUGGGGAGGAUCAGGGAGGGCUUGGACAACAUUCCCCAGGAUCUGGGACGCUAUGUGGGCAAGAGCAAGGAUGACAUCUCAGCCAAGACCAGCCUCUCCAACAAGCUACACAGCAACAUCCUGACGCCAGGCAACAUCCCUGAGUUCUGCCUGCCCCCUCGUCUGACCAGGAGCCCCCUGCUGGCCAGCCAGAGAACUGCAGUCCCAACAAGCACGCCAAGGAUCAACCUCGAACCCUCUGGAUCCCCUCAUCGGACGCCACAUGUCCCACAGAGAGAAAAUGCCCGGGGAAAAAGCGGUACGGAAGCCCAGAAGGGUAAAAAGCCCCCGCCGUUCUCCGCUGAGGGAUACGGCCUCGAGGGGAUGCACGAGAGUGCGAACACCAGACGCAAAGAGUCCCUGUUCCACUCCAGCCAUCCUGUCCUCACUCUGGACAGAUCCCUGCCUCUGCCCCUACCCAAAACCACCACCAGGGCAGCGCCAGAGAGAAACUCCCCCAAAACAAACAUCCGAUCCGGGCUGACAAUCUCCUUAAAGAGCCUAUCAAAGACGGGCAGCACCGAGAGCGACACCCCCUCGUCUAACGACUCCACCCCCCUCAGCUCCCCCCUCCUUACGCAUUCCUGCUCCAGCCCCACCCUCACCCUCCUGCUGGAGGGUGUCCAGGAGGGACACCCCCUCCUCCAGCCAGGCCACAGCAGGGGGGUUCCUCCACAAGGGAGCCCUCUGUCGUGCUUAUUUUUUACCCCCAGACAGAACAGGAGGAGGAGGGGAAUCUCACCCAAGCCGUUCCCCCUUGCCCACUAUCCAAACCCAAACCUCGGCUCUCUGGCUCCGCCCCUCCUUUUCCCAUUGGACAUCCUCCAUUGCCAGGAACGUCCGCAGGGAGAGAGCGUCCUCCCGUUAACGGAGCGAGGCGGCGUCCGCCUCUCCGCCGAGCGCACCCCCUCCCCGUUGGACCCCUACCUGUCCACGGUGCGCGUAAGGGUCGUCUCCGUGGAGGGCCUGAGGGACGACGGCGACCUGCGACCUUUGAACUGCUGCCUGAGCCUGUGCCUGACCCCCGGGAAGCUGCAGAGGCAGGAGAGCGCCGUCAUUAAGAACUGCCGACGCCCCGUGUUCAACGAGGACUUCUUUUUCACGGACCUGAGCCCAGACCACUUGCUGGGGCUUGAGCUCAGGGUGAAGGUGCUGGACAAGGCUGGCCACUCCGCCCUGAGGAAGGGGGCAGUGCUGGGGGUCACCACCGAAUCCCUGGCACAGCUGCUGCCCUUUGAUUAA